AUGACAACGGUAGAAUAUAAAUAUACAUUUCUUUGGUCUACAGAAAUAAUAAAUGAAUUAAAAAACAGAAAGAAAAAUGUAUGUAAAAAUAAAAGUUUUAAAAGUGAUGUAAAUGAGAAAGAAGAAUUAUCGACAAAGGGAAAAAUAAAGUGUACUUGCGGGAAAUACAAGUAUAUUAACUAUAUUUAUAAGAAUUGUUGUAUUAUUCAGAAGUAUAGCUAUCAUAAAAUAUAUACUCGUAAAAUUAAAAGUGAAAAUUCGAAAAGCUUAAGCAAAUAUAUGUAUUUAAAAAGUAGCAAUAAUGCAAAUCAAAAAAAAAUAAUGGAUAAGAUUAAAAAUACUAAUGAAAAUAAAAAAAUAGAUGAAACUAAAAAAAAAGAAAUAAAAAGUAGUAUAAGAAUAUGUUUUAAUAAUUUUGAUAAUAAAUACAAAAGAGAUUUAGUAAUAACAAAAAUAUUGAUAUUAACUUUGUUUGAUCCACCUUUAUUAAAAAUAUCUUUAAAAUUUUUUAAUUUUUUAAUGAUAUCUAUUUUAAAUCAAAUAUUCAAAGAAUUACUUUUGUUAUCAACAUAUAAUUAUUCUAUGACAAAUGAUAAUGAAAGAAAUGAACAAAGAAUAAAUGAUAAACUUAUAAAUGUUAAUAGUAAAGAUAUGAAUAAAUUAAAAAACAAAAACACAGAUAAAAAAAAUAUAGAUAAAUUAAAUAAUAAAAAUAGAAGUAUGCCUCUUUUAUAUAUAUAUGAUUUUAUUAAAAAUUUUAAGAUAGAUAAAGAGAUUUAUUUUUGUAUGAUAUGCUUGAAUAGCAUAUUAUUUAGUAAAGAAUUAUUUUAUAAAAAUACGAUUGACUACUUUUUCAAGGAAGUUUUACCAAAAUCUAUAUUCUGUUAUAAUUAUUUUAAAGGGAUAGUAAGAAAAUAUUUAGAAGAAAAAAAUGAUAACCAUUGUAGGUGUAACAUCUAUUAUAUAUAUUGUAUUAAAAUUCUAUUGAUUUAUUAUUAUUUGACUAUAAAUAAUAUACUUGAUAAAAUGUAUUUAAAUUUAUUAUCACAUUUUUUAAAAUGCAAAAACCCUUUUUUUGAAUCAUUAAUUUAUUUAAUAUAUUUAAAUUAUUAUGGAAUUCAUAAUUAUUCUAAAGGAAAUUAUUUAAAAGAUAAUAUUUUUUAUAAUUACAUUCAGAAUAACAAAAAAAAUAGCAUCUUUGAUAAAAAUAAAGAGAAAAAACAUAAGUUAUAUAUAAGUAAUGGAGCAAAUAAAACUACUUGCAAUUAUUUUUAUGAAAAAGAAUUUUCACAAGUUGAAAAAAAUUACUAUGAUCAUAAAAAUAUUUAUAAUAUAUUACUAAUGUAUGAUUAUAAUAUAAAAGACUUAGAAUAUUUAUAUAUAGAAAAAUUCCGUUCUAAUAUAAUAGAAAAUAAAAUUAUUAAAUAUUAUAUAAAUAUUGAAUCAGUGUUAUAUCCAACCUUCGAAUUAAAAACAAAAAAAAAUGCAAUUUUGUUAAAAAAUGAAUAUAAUUUUAUUAUUACAAGAAGACUUAACAUAAUAAUUGAAACAUUAAUAACAAAUAUUUAUAAUAAAAAACCAACAAUUUUAAUAGGAAAUCAAGGUUCUGGAAAAACAUCAUUAAUAAAUUUUAUAUAUAAAAAAAUAUAUGGAACAAAAAAUGAAACGGAAAAUAUUAUAAGUUUAUAUCUGGAUGAUAUAUCAGAUUCUAAAUCAAUUUUAGGAAUAUGGGAAAGUAAUGAAAAGUGUUUUGAAUUUAAAUAUGGUAUAUUGACAAAAGCAAUGAAGAAUGGGAAUUGGAUAAUUUUUGAAAAUAUUAAUAAUAUUUCUAAUAGUGUAAUAGAAAAGCUACAUGAAUUAACGAGUAAAGGGUAUAUAUAUUUAUCAGAAAAAGGAGAAUACAUUUAUCCUCAUAAAAAUUUUAGAUUAUUUUCGACUGUAACUGUAAACAUUGAUUAUAUCAAUAUGAAUAAUUUAAAUAAUAAAUACUGUGAAGUUGAUAAUAUAAAUAAUGAAGAAAUGAAUGAAUUUAUAUUAAUGAAUCAUAGACCUCAUAAUUUAACUAGUUUAUUCAACAAAUGGCAUAGUGUUUUUAUUGGGAAUUAUAGUAAAAGUGAAAUAAAAGAAAUUUUAUUUAAGACGUUAAAUAAAAUUAACGAUAAUUAUAAAAAUAUACUUCUGGAUUGCUAUAAUACCAUUAAAACAGACUUGGAAAAAUAUCGAAUAUUAAGGAAUAUUAACCUACAUGAUUUAAUGAAAAUUACAAAUAGAAUAAAUAAAAAGAAAAUAUUUAUGUACGAAAAUGAAAAAACAAAGAUAUUUCUAUUUCAAACUUGUAAAUCUAUUUUAAUUUCUCAUAUACCUAAUAUUAAUCUAAGACACAAUUUUUUAAUUAAAUUAAUUAAGUUAUUUAAAUUAGAUAAAGACAACGUUACAGAAUAUAUAAAAUCAUAUUCACUUAAUACAUUUAUAAAUGAAUUUAAUGAAACGUUAAAAAAUAAAUAUCCAAAAAUAAAUGUUAAUUUUGACAAAAUUUAUAAUUAUUCUUUUUUAUUAACAUCUGUUCAUAAAUCUAUAAUUUAUGAAAUAAUUGAAGGUAUAUAUAACAAGGAAAGCGUAUUAUUAAUAGGUGAUACAGGAGUUGGAAAAACAGCAUUAAUAGAUUAUAUAUCGAAAAUUUUUGAAAAGAAAUUACAUGUUUUCGUUUUUAGUGAACAAUCAGAAUCUUCCGAUUUAAUUGGAAACUAUUAUCCUUUUAAUAUAAGUGCUAAAACAAAUGAAUUAUUUGAAGAACUAAAAAGUUUAAAUAGUAAAUUGAGUUAUAUUUGUAAAAAAGAAUUAAGUUUAUUUUAUUUAAAAUUAAGAAUAAUAUUAAGCGAAAAGAAAUAUAUUACAUUUUUGAAUACAUGCUACAAUUAUGUAAAAUACGUUAUAGAAAAUAUAAAAAAGAAUGCAAAAAUAUUUGAUAUGAAAACUAUAAAAAAAUGUAAAGCUUUUUUAUCAAAUUGUAAAAAUGUAAUUAAUUUUUGGUGCACUAAUAACGGUAAUUUAAAUAAAAAUUAUGCUUUAAAUUAUAAUUUCGAACAAAUUCUCGUAAAAAAUGGAAACAUAGAAGAAAAAGAAGAUACUAAUAAUAUCCAAAAUAAUAGAAAUAGGGAAAUAAAAAAAAAUAUUAACGAAGAUGAUAUGAAUGAAGAAAAAAGUGAUAAAAAGAUGAAUGAACUAAUUUUUAAAUUUCAUGACGGUAUUUUAAUUGAUUGUAUAAGAAAUGGUUAUUGGCUUUUAUUAGAUGAAAUAAAUUUAGCUCAAACAGAAAUAUUGCAGAGAUUACAAGGGUUACUAGAUUCAUCAAAUAAAUAUUUUGAUGUUAUUGAAAAAGGAAAUGAAAAAAUAAAAAUUCAUGAAAAUUUUCGAUUAUUUGCUUGUAUGAAUCCACCUAUAAUUCCAAAUUUAAGAAAAAUUAAAGAAAAAGAUAUACCAAAUGACUUAAAAAAUAUUAAUUCUGAUGGUAACAAUAAGGAUAUUAACAAUAAUUAUAUUAAUUUGGAUACAAAUGUAGAAAAUGAUAUUGAUUUAUAUAAUAGUACUAUAUCUGCUGGGAAAAAAGAAUUACCAUUUAUUAUUAGAAAUAAAUUUACUGAAAUAUUCGUUGAUGAAAUUUUAGAGUAUGAUGAUGUUGAAAUGAUAGUAAAAUAUUUUUUAAAAGAUGUAACAUGUGAUAAUGUGUUAAUAAAAAAUAUUACUAAUUGUUAUUUAGAAAUUAAAAAAGAAAGUUUAAAAAAUAUGAAUAACUCAGAAAAUAAGCAAAUAUCUUUUUCUACAAGAAAUUUAGUUAGAGCAAUAAAUUAUGCUAUAUAUGUUCAUAAGAGAAAAUUUAGGCCUUUACCUUUACAAACUGCUAUUAAUCAUGGUUUUAUUUGUAAUUUUUUAAGUUGUUUGAAUUAUGAUAAUCAAAAAGUCAUAGAAAAUAUUUUUAAUAAAUAUUUUAAAUAUGCGCAACAUGGAAAUGCUGAAAAACGGGAUAAUACCAUGAAUAUCGAAAAAAAUGGAAUUAUAAAUUAUAGUAUGCUUGAAAAUUAUUAUCAAUAUAAAAUUUAUGAUAAGAAAAAAGGAAGAGAAGAAAAUGAACAAUAUAUAAAUAAUUUUAACGAAAUAAAGAAUACUGAUAAUUUUAAGAAUGAUAUAACUAAAAAUAAAGAGAAAGAAAAAUACGCAUGUAUAGAAAAUAGUUGGAUUUUAUGUGGAAAUGAGCAAAUAAAUUUAAAAAGUAUAUUAUCCAAUUUUAUAAUCACAAAAAGUGUAAAAGAAAAUAUAAAAAAAUUAGCUUUAUGCUUAAGUGGAAUAAAAACACCAAUUUUGUUAGAAGGAAAUACAUCUGUUGGAAAAACCUCAUUAGUGAAAUUUUUUGCAGAUAUAACAGGUCAUAAAUUUAUAAGAAUUAAUAAUCAUAUGAAUACAGAUAUAAACGAGUAUUAUGGUCAAUUUGUUAAUGAUAAAAAUAGUGGCAAUUUAAUAUUUGAAGAAGGUAUAUUUGUGAAAGCCGUUAAAAAUGGAUAUUGGCUUGUUUUAGAUGAAUUAAAUUUAGCUCCCUCAGAAGUUUUAGAAUCAUUAAAUAGAAUUUUAGAUGAUAAUAAAGAAUUAUAUAUUCCUGAAUUAAAAUGUUAUAUUAAAGCCCAUAAAGAUUUCAUGCUAUUUGCUACUCAAAAUCCUGCAAAUAAUAGUUAUAUUGGAAGAAAGGAACUAUCUAAAGCAUUUAGAAGUAGAUUUAUUGAAUUUCAUAUUAGUGAUUUUAAAAUAGAAGAAUUAGAAAUAAUUCUACACAGAAGAUGUACGAUUUCUCCAAAAAUUUCAAAAAAAAUGAUAAAUGUAUAUACUGAAUUGAAAAAUGUAAAAUCCAAUUAUAAUUAUUUUAAUGACAACUUAAUGACAUUAAGAGAUUUAAUUAAAUGGGGAAAUAGAUAUCCUAAUAAUAACUUAGAAGCAGCUCUACAUGGAUACUAUAUCAUUGCAGAAAAAUUGAGAAAUGAAAAAGACAAAGAAACUGUUAAAAAUAUAUUAAGUAAGAAUUUUUUAAAAAAACAGGAAAAAUUUGUAAUUGACUAUGAAAAUGAUGAAGAUGUAAAAAGUUUGAAAAAUUAUUUUUUAGAAAAAAUUUCUCUAAUAAAGAAUUUUAAAAAAAUUAAAAAAUGUAAAUUAGAAAAUAAUUGUAUUUAUAAUAAUAACAUUAAAGAUUCUUUAGAUAACAAAAAGGACACCAAGAUAUGCUCCUUAAAUCUACAUGAUAAUAACAUUCAUGAUUAUAGUUAUGACGAUAUAAAAAGAUUUCAAUAUUUACAAAAUAUGUAUUUUGGUAAAAAUACAUGCAGAAUUAUUUGUUUAUUGUUAAAAUGCUUUAAAUAUAAGGAAUCUCCAUUAUUAAUAGGAGAAACAGGAUGUGGAAAAACUACAUGUUGUGAAUUAUUAAGCUUUGUUGAAAAUUUAAAAUUAAAUAUUUUAAAUUGCAAUGAAAGCACUGAUGUUUAUGACAUAAUAGGUAGUUUAAAAUUAACAAAAAAUAAGAAAGAAGAUUAUGAUAAAUUAAAAAAAAAUUGUAUUGAAUUAUACAAUGAAUUUUCUAAAUAUUAUGAAGAUAAUUAUAUUUCGAAUUAUUUAAGUGGUAUUAUUUAUGAGAAAUUUUCUGACAUUAAAAAAGAAGACUUUUUAAUAUUUAAUCUUUAUUUACAAAAAAAAUAUAAUUUAAAUGAAAAUAUUAAAAGAAAAUUGACGAAAAUGGAAAGAUCAGUUAAUAAUCUAAAAUCUGUUUUUACAUGGUUUGAUGGAAUACUAGUAUCUUCUUUAAAAAAAGGAAAUAUAUUUUUGAUGGAUGAAAUAUCUCUGGUUGAAUCGUCUGUUAUUGAAAGACUAAAUUCAGUCUUAGAAUAUGAAAGAACAUUAUUACUAACAGAAAAAGGAGGAAAAAAUAUUAAAAAUAUAAAAGCACAUAAAAAUUUCUAUUUUAUAGGUACUAUGAAUCCAUGUGGUGAUUUUGGAAAAAAAGAAUUAUCUCAUGCAUUAAGGAAUAGAUUUACGGAAAUUUUUGUUAGUAAUUUUUCAUUUGAUUCUAAUGAUUUUUAUUUUUUAAUAAUGAAACAAAUAACUUUCACAAAAGAAAAAAAUAUUAAAUGUGAAAUCACCAAGUAUAUUUGUCAAAUAUUUCAACAAGUAUCAAGUAACAAAUCUUUAUCGUCUGUAACUCUUUCUAUAAGAGAUUCUAUUAAGUGGGUUACUUUUAUGAAUACAUAUGUGAAUAAUAGAAAAAAAAUUUAUAAAGAAAAAAAUCAUGCGUUAAAAAUACCAAUAAAUAUAUUAAAAAGUUAUUGUAUACGUAGUUUUUAUCACAGUGGAUGCCUAAUAUUGAUUGAUGGGAAUGAAGAUGUAAAAAUAAAAGAAAUUUUAAAAAGCAUAUUAAUAAAAGUUAUAGAAAAUUUAUGUUUAUCUAUUAAAUAUAAUAUGAAAGAAAAGGAAACAAUAAUGAACUUUUACCAUGAAUCUUAUAAUUUUAUAUUUAAAAAAAAAUAUCUAAAAAUGAAUGACCUUCAUAUCAAAUUUAAAAAAAAUUUCGAUUGUGAUUUAAAUAAAUUUUCUAAGAAUUCUCAUUUUGUAUUUAAUACACCAAAUAUUAAACAAAAUUUAUUUAAAAUUGUUCGAGCAAUGCAGUUAGAUAAUUCUAUUUUAAUUGAAGGAUCACCAGGUGUUGGAAAAACAUGCAUUGUAAAUAUAUUAGCAAAAUUAACCAAUAAUAAAUUAAUUCGAAUCAACUUAUCUGAAUGCACAGAUAUCUAUGAUUUUAUAGGAUCCUACUUUCCUAUCAAAGAUAUAAAAAAUGAAUCAAAUAAAAAAAAAAGGAAAAAUAACAAAGAAAUACUGGAAAAUAAAGAAGAAAAUAAGGAUGAAAAUAAUACUAAUGAAAUGAAAAAAAAAUUUCAGUAUUGCUGGAAAGAUGGAAAACUAAUUGAAUGCAUGAAGAAAGGCUAUUGGAUACUAAUAGAUGAAAUAAAUUUAGCUAACCAACAAACAUUAGAAGGUAUUAAUUCUAUUUUAGACCACAGAAAAGAAAUAUUUAUACCUGAAACUAAUGAAAUUGUUAAGAGUCAUGAAAAUUUUCGAUUAUUUUGUUGCCAAAACCCAUAUAAAGAAGGAGGUGGAAGAAAAGGAUUACCAAGAUCAUUUUUAAAUAGAUUUUCGAAAAUAUAUUUUGAAGAAUUAAAUGAAGAGGAUUAUCUUUGCAUUGUUGAAAAAUUAUAUGGUAAUUUUCUUUCUUUAGAUAUAAUAAAAAAAAUUAUAAAAUUAAUCUUUAUAAUAAAAAAAAUUAACAUAUUAUUAAGUGAUAGUGAGUGUUGGAUAUGGAAUUUAAGGGAUAUUUUAAGAAUAUGCAAAUUCAUUAAGAAUAAAGUGGCGUUAAAUAAUUUUUUUACAAUAUGUGAUAUGCUAAUAUGUAAUAGAUUAACCAAUAGUGAAGAUAAAAACAUUGUAAGGGUUAUCAUAAUAAAUAUAUAUUGCAAUAAUGAAGAUUUUAUUAAUAAUAUAUCAGAAGUUUCAACUAAAGAUAAUUUAGUUAACCUUAUUAAUAGUAGUAAAAAUAGUUCUUUAUAUUAUAAUUUUAUUAAUUCUUUUAAUUAUGAUGAAAAAUAUUUUUCAUAUGAAAAUUUACUUAUAAAAAAAUAUCAAAAGAACAAAAAUGUUUCGAAUGAUAUUUCUUCCAUUUUAUCAAAAGAUGAAAAAAUUUUUUAUGGAUGUUUAUCAGCUAUUAAACUAAAUAUUCCUAUUUUAUUAUGUGGUAAAAAUAAUUCAGGAAAGUCUUCUUUUGUACGCACAUUGUCAUCUAUGUUCAAAAAAAAACUUUUUGAAUUUUCAUUAACUAAUGAUAUUGAUACAUUUGAUUUAUUUGGUUGUUAUGAACAAAAUAGUAAGAGCAAUGCAAUUAUUAAAUUUGAAAAACAAAUAAAUAAAUUAAAUAAGCUAGUUUUAAAAAUUAUUUUUAAAAAAAAAAAUUUAAUGAUUUUUUAUUCCAAUUAUUUCGGUAGAAAAGUAAGUAAUCCUUUAUUUUCAAAAAAUCAUAAAAAAAAAAAACUCAAUAAAAUAAAUACAAGUAGACAAGUUAUGCAUAUCAAAAUAAAUAUAAUGAAAAGGUUAAAUUCUUUAUCAAAUAAUUAUGUAAAGAGUUUAAAAAAUAAUAAGAAAAAUAAUUUAAAAAAAAUUCAAAAUAGUUAUACAGAAUUUAUAAAUAGUUGUAACAAAUGUGAGCACAGUGAGAGAAUAAAUAAUAUUCUGUCAAGAAUAAAUUAUAUGUGCAAUAUUAUAAAUACAAAUCAAAUUAAUGAGAAUGUUUAUAUUUAUAAUGAAGGUAACUUUAUUAAAGCUAUUAAAAAUGGAUACUGGAUAUUGUUAAAACACUUACAUUAUUCUACUCCAUCUUUGCUAGAUAGAUUAAAUAGCCUUUUUGAAGAAAACGGAUACAUACUACUUCAUGAGUUUGGAAAAAAGAAAAAAAUUAAACCUCACAAAAAUUUUCAAAUUUUUUUAACAUUAAAUUCAGAAGAACAUUAUAAAAUUAGUAAGGCAUUACGAAAUCGCUGUUUUGAAAUAUAUUUUGGAAUAAAAAACGAAUAUACCAAUAAUGCACUAAAUAUUGAUAAUCAUUUAUGCAACAACCCUUUUUAUGGAAAUAUGUGUGAAACAUUAUAUAAUGAUAAAUGUAAUAUGUAUGAGAAUAGUUAUGAUGAAGUUUCAUAUAGUAAUUUAAUAAACUAUUCAAAUAAUAAUUGUAUGAAUUUACAUUAUAAAAAUAACAAAGAUAAUAGUAGAUUAAUUAAUUCAGUUGAUGAUUCCAAUUUUUAUAGUAAUUUCCUUUUUCAUUUAAUGAACUUAUGUUAUAAUUUUCAAAAUAAUCAAUAUAAUAAAGAAAAAUCAAUUAAUAACAAAAAAUCGAAGGAAGAUUAUUUAAAGUUAAUAAAAGAAAAUAAUUUGUUUUUCUAUAUAAUAAGCAGUUUUUUAAAAAAUAUUAAAAAAGCAAAAAAUGAUAAAAUUACAAGUGAAUUAAUUUAUUUUUUUUUUAAUAAUGAUAUAAAAAUUAAUUUCAUAAAAAUACUAGAUUAUAUAAAUUAUUGUUAUAAUUCAUUUAAUGCUAAUGGGACCAAAUGUAAUAAAGAUGUAGUAUGUUUUUGCAUAAUAAUAUCUUUGAUAUCUUUUAUUAUAGAAUAUAUACUUGAUGAAGAAACGAUAAAGGAAAAAAAGAAGAAUUUAAACAAGAUAAAUGAUAAUAAUAUGUUUAGAAAUAAUUUAAAUAUAUUAUUAAAUUACAAAUUAGAAAAUAAUUUAUAUUACAUAGAUAUAUUUAUUAAUUUAAUUUGUACCAAUUUUUUGCUACUAAAAAAUAAUAAUGAAAUAAAUUUAAAAAAAUGGAAAUCCAUUUUUUUAAGAUCAUUUGGAAGUUUUUAUUGCGGAAUAUUUUCAAAGAUUAGUGAAAAAGUUCAAAUAUUUUUUUAUCCUUUUUUUAAUUUCUUGAAUAAUGUUUUAGUUAGAAUAAUAUAUAAUUUAAAAAGGAAGCUUGAAAAUUUUAUAAAAAAUAGAAGUAUAAAUAAUUUAUUAAUACGUAAUAUAAACAGGGGAAAAUUAGUUCAUAAAAUAUCUUCCAAAUAUUUCAUUUAUUUUUAUUUUCAUAUAUUUAUAAAUUAUAUUUAUAAUUAUAACAAAAUAUAUGAAAAAGAAACCUUUUUUAAUAAAAAUCAAAACCAAAAUUUAUGUAUACUGAAAGAAGUGACAUUAAUUAAUUCAUUCUAUAAAUUGAAGUUAAAUAAAAUAUUCUGUUAUUUAGUAUAUUGCUUUAUGGAAAAUUUUUCUAUUUACGAUAUUUUUUAUAGAUACUAUUAUUUACUUAACAUAAAGAAUAAAAUUGUUAUAAAAAGAAAAACAUUAAGAAGAGAUUAUUAUGAUAAAAACGUAGAAAGAUAUCUUAAUUUUAUUACUAAUAUUAUUUUUAAGAAAUUGGUAAACUUUAAUAUAGUAAACAACUAUAUAUAUAACAUAAUAUAUAAAGAAAGAACAAAUAAUAAUGAGUAUAUAAUAAAAAACAAAAAAAAUAAUAAAAAUGAGGAUAAUAAUAUAAAGUGGAGUAAAUUAAGAAAUUUUAUAAAACCAUUACUUAUUGCCAAAAAUUUUCUCUUAAAUAAUUUUAGUUUAGGACUAUCAAAAGUUUUAUAUUUCUUUGAAGCAUUUUUGAAAUAUAACUUUAGUUAUAACUUUUUUAUGAAGAAUAGAAGUAACAAGAGAAAAAAAUGCUUAAUUUUUUAUAAUAUGAACAAAUUUUUGAUUCAUGUAGAAAAUUUUAUUUUCAACUUGAUAGAUAAAUUCAGUAAUGUAAUUAAUAAGGAUAUAUUCAAUUAUUAUGUUUUCAUUUAUAUAUUUGCUUUUGAAAUGAUAUGUAAUAAAAAUUAUUCAAAAAUCUAUAACCAAAUUAUUUUCCUAAAAGAUACUUUAAAAUUUCUUUUUGAAAGUAACAGUUUUAAUAAAAAUAACGUUAAAUUAAUGAAAUUCUUGAAUAAUUCAAAAUUAUUAAUUGAAAACAAUUUCAAUUCUCCAAAUAUUUACAGUAUCAUUGAUUUCAGAGAAAAGAAUAACUUUCAUAAUAAUUCUAAUUCUAAUGAACAUAAUAACAAAUUAUUCAUGCAUUGUAAUAAAAAGAGUAGCUUGAAUUAUUUAAAUAUACAUUUUAAUGAUAAGUGGAUUAAGAAUAUCUUUGAAAUUAUAAACAAUAUAUAUAUUAGUUAUUUUAUAUAUAUUAAAAAUAGAAAUAAUUGCAUAUCUAUCCUAUUAAAUCUUCCUACAUAUGGAGAUAAUUCUAGAACUAUUAGUGAUUCGAAUAAAAAUGAAGACAAAAAUGUUAACACAUACACAGAAAAUUUUCUUAUUCAGACAAAAUCCUUUUCUCAUUCUUUGAAAUUUUUACAAAAUGAAAAUGAAAAUUAUAAAAUUAAAGAUAUAGAAAGUUUAAUUUUAAAAAAUUUAAUAGAUAAAAAGGAAAUAUUAAAAAUGAACUUGAAUUCAUUUGAGUUAAAUUUUUCAUUAAUAGAUGAUAUUAAUAAUAUUUCUAAAAGAUACGUGAGAAGUGAUAACACUAUAUAUAAAAGCCAUGAGUUGUUGUUUUAUUAUGAAUUUAUUAUUUUCAACAUAAACUUAAAGUAUUUAUAUAAUUCAUUUAUAUAUUUACUUAAUAUAUAUAUGCAUUUAAAAUAUAUGAACAACGAAAAUAGUAAGCAUAAUAUAAGAAACAACAUAAAGAUUGAUUUAACUAUUGAAGAAAUAGAUAAGAUAAAUAAUAACAGUAUUUAUGUGAAUGUGAAAAAUAUUUUAAGUAAAAUAUACACUUAUUUAGAAAAUAUAGAUAAUACAAUUUUUAUAUUUGAAGAAAAAGUUGAAAUUUUAAGUUUAUUAAAAGAAAAAUAUGGAAGUAUUGAAUAUGCUGAAAAAAGCUUAAAAGAUGAAAAAAAUGUAAAUGAUUUCAGUACAAAUGUAAUAUUUAUUAUUAUUGAAGAAAUUUUAUAUAUAGUUUACUCAUUUUUAAUGAAUGUUUAUUUGUUAAGAGAUGAACGUUAUAAUUAUGCUAAACAAAACAUUAACAAAGUGAAUGAAAAAAACUACCCUAUAAAUGAUAGAAAAGCAGGUGAAUUAUCUUACAAUGUUAAUGAUAAAAUACCAGAAAAAUGUAUUACAGAAUUCACUUACAAGAAAAAUGAAAUGACUUCUUCAAAUAAAAUAAAUAGGAACAAUAGUCAAAAUGUUAUAGAAAAGGUAAAUAAACAAAUUGAAAACAUAGUCAUUACAUAUGAAGAAUACACAAUAUUUAAAAAUAUUUAUAUAAAUGAAAAUUACAAAGAUGUUACUACACAUAAAUUUUAUUCUUAUUUAAAUUCAUCUCUAUUUAAUAAAACAGUGAUAUUUGAUUCUGUUAUAAAUAUUUACAAAGAAAUGAAAAAAAAUAAAGUGACAUUAUUUUAUUUAAAUAGUAGCAAUUUUAUUUUUAAAAAUUUAAAAAAAAAUUAUUAUGAUUAUGUAACAAAAUUUCUAUUUAAUGACAUUAACCAAAUAUCAGACUCCAAUUCGAUACAUAUAACUGACAAAAAUUAUAUAAAUUCAGCCAACAAAAAUUCUUUAUGUUAUUUUUUUAUUUUCUAUAUAUUUACUAUAUUUUUUAAUAUAAUGAAUAAUUUUGAGAAUCAAAGUAUUGAUAAGAAUAAGUAUUUCUGUCAUUUUCAUGAGAUAUACAAUAUUAUAAUUUAUAAAAAAGAAGUAUCUGUUGAAAUAAUCUUGUAUUUAUUAGAAUUAUAUAAAUAUUUUUUUAAAUUGAAAGAAGAAAUUAAAUUUAGUCAGAAAAUUCAAAAGUAUAUUUUUGUUUUAUUAUUUCUUCUUUUUAAAGCAGUAAAGAAGAAUUUUGAAAAAUGGAAUAAAAAAUAUAUUUUAAAAACUGAUAAUAUGAGAAAUAGUACGGAAGAUAUUAAUUGUGGAGGAUUACAAUUUAUUAUUAGUAAUGGUAUAUUAAUUCAAGAAAAUGAUAAUAGAUUGAAUAAAAAAAAUAACCAAAAUAUUAUUAAUAGUGAAAUGAAUACAACAAAUUUAUCAAAAAAUUUAGAUAAUGAAGCAAACUUUAAUAUAUAUAAAUGUAUGAAUAAAAGUUCAGUAAGUAAUUAUAAUAAUCGCACGGGAAUCAAUAAAAAUAAAUUAAAAUAUGAUUUUGAUUAUAAAUACAGUAGCAUAUAUAAUUAUAUAAAGAAAAAUAAUAAAAUAACUAUAAAAGAAUUUGAUGAAAUUUUAGAAAUAUUAUUUUCUGAAAAUAAAGUUAUUAUAGAUUUAACAAACAAAUAUGAUGAUGAAGAUUUUCUAUAUAUUUUGGGAUCACUUUAUAUAUCUCACUACUUUUUAAGUGUAAUUUGCAAAGAGAUAAGAAAAGAAGUUAAAGAAAUAUUUAAAAAAAUAGAAUUGAAAAAUUAUCUUAAAAGUGUAGUUAACUCAAUCAAAGAAGAAAUACAUAUGAGCAUUCAACAUAAUUUGUAUAUUGAAAAAAUUGAUUUGUUUGAAGAAUUAUCUUAUAGUAAUUUUUUUAAGAUAAAAAAAAAAGAAUUUUUUAGUGAAAAAAUAAAAGAUGUAAAAAUGGAUUUACCUUUAUUACCAAAAAUAUUGAAAAACAUAAAUAAAGAAAAAAGUAAAAAAAUUUUAAAUAUAAUGAAAUCAGAUAAGUAUAAUUGUAAUUACUUUAUUACCCAAUAUAUAUGUAAAAAUAAUUCACAAAAUGCCCAAGAUUUGUACAUCAAAUUAAAAAAAGAUUUUAAGAAUUUCAUGAAAAAUGUCUUAUCAUAUUAUAAUAUUGAAAAAAUAUUAUCUUCUUUGAAUGAUUGUAAUGAUUUUAUUAGUUUUUCAUUAAUUUAUUCAUGUUUAAAUUUUGUCUAUCAUGUUAAUGAAAAUUAUAAUAUAAUUUUAAAAUUCACACAUGCCAUCACUUAUUCUUUAUGCAUAUUCAUACAUUCCUUGCAUAAUAUAAAUUUUUCUAUACUACAAAAAAAAGAAAAAAAUUAUCCAUUCAGUAUUAAUAAAUUAGAUGAAAAAAAGUUACAAAGAGAUAAAUAUAAUUUAUAUUCAUAUAUAAAAUUUCCCCUUAAUUUUAACAAAAUAAUAAAUUUAAAAAAAGAACAGUAUGAACAAAUAAGUGACUUGGAGUAUUUUGAUUUCAUCAUAAAAUUAAUUCAAAAACCUAAGAGUAUUUUUAAAGAAUUCGAUUUCUCAAAUUUAUUAAACUGUUUGAAAAUAUUAUGUAAGAAAAUUGUAAUAUAUAAUGAACAAGAUUCUAUAUCAAAUAUGAACGAAUUAUUUAAAAUUGAACAGUUUAAAAAUACUGCAAUAAAAGAAAAAUAUGAAAAUAUGGAAAAUGAUUAUAUAGAAAAAAAUAUUGAAAAAGAAAUUAAUGAUGUUUUUUAUUCACAAAAUUAUUUUUUAAAUACAGAAAAUAUUGAUAAUAACAUAAAUUAUUGUACUAAUGAAAAAAAUGAAGUAGUUAAUGAUGAUAUUGAGCUAUCUAACACGGAAGAGAAAAAUGAGAAUUUUGACGUUAAUAGUGAUUCAAUUAAAAAUAAUGAUUGUUCUUCUGACAAAUUAAUAGAAGACAAGGAAAAAUUAAAUGAAAACUUAUUUAAUAAAAUUAUAUGUAAGAUUGUAAAAAUAUUCAAAAGAAAAGAAAUUUCUAAGACUAAUUCAAAAAAUGAAAUUGAUAAAAUAAAAAAAAAUAUAAAUCAUACUUUAGAUAUGUUAAUUAAAUUAAAUAAUAUGUCUUCAUCUGAAGAAAAUAAUUCAACAUUCUUGUUAAAUAAAAAAAAUGAAGAAAAGAGAUUAUUAAUUUUUACAUUAAACAUAAUAGAUAAUUUUGGAAAUAUUAUAAAUUAUAAAGAUGAUAAAUUUUUAGAUUUUAAAAUGAAAAUAUUCAAUUUUUUGUUAAAUAAUAAAAAAAAUCAUGCUUAUAUAAAUAAAUAUAUCAAUUUGUUAGAGUUUAAUUAUAUGGAAUUUGUUUUUAGUGCAUUAAAUGAUUUAUGUAUUUUUCUUAAUAAUUUAAAAAACGAAUUUAUUAUAAUAUAUAAUGAUAGUAACAAUUUAAAUGUAUUAACUAUUUUAAAUGUGAUUGAUAAUAUUUUAGGCAUUCCUUUAAAUGAUGUUAAGAAUCAAAUAGAAAAAAUAAUUUUAAAAUUAGAGCAUUUAGUGAAUUUAAUUAAUUCCCUUAAAAAGGAUAAUUUCGCUAAUUUUGAUGAAGUCACAAUGAAUAACUUAAAUAGGCUCAUUAAGAAUAAUAUAUUAGAAGAAUUACUGAUUUACACAAUUUACUUUAGGUUAUACAAAUUAGAAGAAAUAAAAAAUAUUCGUAAAAACUUAAAUCGUAAAAUAUUAAAAAAAAAGACUUUAAAUUUAUUCGCAUAUUUAUUUUAUUUAUGCUAUGAUGAUACAUACGCUGAAAGAAAAUUGGAAAAUACUGAUUGCAAUAAUAAUGAUACUAUAAAUGACAGUACAAAAAUUAAGAUAAUUAAAACAUUUGAAUCUCUCAUAAUAUUUUUAAGAGAUUCCAUGAUUGGAGAAUUUCCUGUACGCUUAAAUCUAAUUUUUUUUAUUGGAAAUAUAUUUAAAAAUUCGAAAAAUAUAAAUGAAAAAAUUAUGAGUAAUGUAUUUUUAAAUGUAUAUAAUUACAUGCAUGUAUAUUUACCUUUAAUAAAAAAAAAAAUAAAAAUUUCUAAAAAUUAUUUUGAUCUACAGUUAAAAAAAUCCUUACAAAAAAUUAACUUUGAUUUAAUAGACUUAGAAGCAUACAAAGCAUCUAUAAUUAAAUUUAAAAAAAAAAUUAUUUAUUUUACUAAACUAUACUUUCAACAAAUUAGUAUAACAGUAGAUAAAUUUAUUAUGGAAAAUAAGCAUUCUGUGUUUACAUCUGAAAUAAAAGAAAAUAUCAAAAAAAAUAAUUUAGUUGAAAAUUUCUCAAAAAAUAAAAAUAUAAAUAGUGUCUCAAGUAAAAUUUCUAGUAAUUCGUCACACGAUGAAAAUAUAACAGAUUCAUCAUUAAAUAAAAAAUUGUCUAAUUAUGAAAUAGUAAAAGAGAAUUCAUUAGAAAAUGAUUCAACAGUUAAUAUAGAUGUUUUUAAUAACAGCCAAAUAUUAAAUUACGAAACAGAAAAAACGAAAGAAACUUUUGAGGAGGAGCAUUUCAUUUAUAAUGAGCUUAACGAACUAAAAAACUCCUUUUUAAAUUUAAGAAAUAAAAUGAAAAAAUUAAACCUAAGGGAAUUUUUAAAUAAUCUCAAUAAUUAUUAUAGCUUUGAAGAAUUAUCAAAUAAUUAUAUGUGUGAAAUAAAAAAUAUUUUAAAAGAUCAAUGCAUUAAUGCAACUAUUAAUCAAAAAAAAAGAUGGAUUUAUAUACUUAAACAUUUUUUUACGAAAAAACUAAAUAUAUCAAUAUUAUAUGAUUUAAAUAACUUUACUUUUUUUUCAAAUUUAUUUAAAGAUUGUAUAAAUUUCGAUAACGCUACGAAUAAUAAUUUUUUAUUAGAGUAUUUUUCAUCUGAAGAAAUUAUAUCGGAAUUAAAGAAUUGCUUAUCAUACAUGAUAAAACACAAUCCUCAUAUAAUUGAAGAAACAAAAAGAGCUAAAAUAAAUGAGUUAAAAGAAAAUUUAAUACACUUUGAAUAUGAUAUAAAGAAAAAUAUAAAAAAUAAAAAGUUAUAUAGCUUACAUUUUUUAGAUAAAAUCAAUUAUAUUUUAAAAAAUAAUGAAUAUAAAAAUUAUAAAAUACUAUAUUUAACUAUCUAUAUAAAAUCUGUCAAUAUUCAUGAAGAUGUUAGAAAUGAUGAAAUUAUGAGCUAUUUAUUUAAUUCUAUUAAUUUUGAAUAUUUUAAUUUAAGAAAGGAAAUUAACAAUUUUUAUCAUCAUUUUGUAUUCUAUUAUUUAAUGGUAGAAACAUUGAUACUUGAAAAAAAAUAUAAAUUAAAUUUUUUGCUAGUAGAUAUAAAUGCAUUUGAAAAAUUUUUGUUAAAAUGUAAUUUACUUAAAAGUGCCUUAAUACAAAAUUUAAGCAUUUUUUAUGAACAAUUAUUCGAAAAUGAUUUUUUCAGAAGUAUUCUAUUUUGUAUUUAUAAAAUUAUAUAUAUUAUAUAUAACUCAAACGAAUUCAUAAUGUUUAGAUAUCUUAAAAAUAUAAAUAAUAUUGAUUGUUUAAAAGAGUUUUUUAAAAAUAUUUCUAAUUUUAAACUUAAAAUGAAUGAAAAGUUUUUGAAAUAUAUUAAUGAAAAUAUUGAAUACUUAGAUAUUAAUAAGAAUAAAAUAUUCUUUUUAAAUAUUGCCCCAUAUUUUAAAAACAAGAUUUAUUCACAUUUAAUUAAAUUUAUUGAAUUAUUUAGAGAAAUUAAUAGAAAUAAUCAUGAUGAAUAUAAUAAAAUGUGUACCAAUUUAAAUGAAAGUAUUGAAGAUAAUAAUAGCAAGGAAAAAAUAAAUAGAAUAUCUAAUAUAGAAUGUGUAAAUAAUGAAAUUUUUAGUUUGAUAAAUAAUAUUAUUAAUAAAGAAUCAAUAGUAUAUAAAAAAGAAUAUCCAAAUUUUCAAGAAUCAAAAAAUAUUAAUGAAAUUUAUUCAAUGAAAAAUAUCAUAAAAUUAUAUUUAAACACAUUUUCUUCUAUUUCUCUAAAAGAAAAAAAUAAGAAUAUAGAAAUUUUUUUCUAUUUAAGUAAAAAUUUAUUUUAUUUUAUAAAGUGCAUAUUUUUGUAUUUUUUAGAUAUAUUCAUUGGUUUUUCAAAUAUAUCAUUGUACUUUUUAAAAGUGUUAAAACUUCUCUAUACUAAAGGACUUUGUAGAGAAUCAAAAAAUGAAAAUGAAGAAAUAAAAAACGAAAAAGAAAAUGAAGUAUUUCAUAAAAUUGAUUUCUUAAAAGGUAUUGGUUUGGGUGAAGGGAAAGGAAUAAGAAACAUUUCUGAUGAAGUUGAUAAUGAAGAUUUAGAUAAUAUUUAUAAUGAAAAUGAGAAUGAUUUUAGUCAAGAUGAAAAUGAUUUUAAUGAAGAAGCUAUUGAAUCUACAUAUAAUUUUAAAAAUUUUUGUGAAAAAGAAUUAAAUGAUAUUAAUGAUGCAAAUAAUAGCAAUAAAAAUAAAAUGGAAAAUGAGCAAGAUAAUUUAAAUAUGGAAAAUAACAAUAAUAAUAUAGGAGGAAAGAAUAAAGAUAAAACUAAUGAAAAAGAAGAAAUAAAUGAAAAAGAUUAUGAUGAUGCAAAUGAAAACACAAACGAAGAAAAUAUUGAUGAUGUUUUCGAAAAAAAUAAUAAAAGUUUUAAUAAAAGUGAAUCAAAUACUUUAACAGAAAAUUUAAAAUAUAAUGACAUACAUAAUGACAAUAAAGAAGUAGAAGAAGGAAAUAAAGGCGAACAUGAAGGAGAAGGAGAAGAAAAAGAAAAUGAAAAAGAAGAAGAAAAAGAAAAUAUUGAUUUUAAUAAAGAAAGUCAAGAACAAAAAGAUAAAUUUGAAAAUGAACAAGAAAAGAGCGAAACCGAAUUAAAUGAAGAACACAAAAAAACUAAUGAGGAUGAAAAUGAUUUCAAUAAACAAAAAGAAGAAAAAGAAGUUAAAAUUAAUAAAGGUAGUGAGUUAAAUAUAGAUGAUAAUGAAAAUGUUAAUGAAAAUAAUAAUUCUGAUUUAUUGAAUGUUGAAGAAAACAACAAAGAAUCUGAAUAUUUUGAUAACCACAUGAAUCAUAUGGAUAAUAAUUACAAUGAAGGAAACGAAAAUAAUUAUAAUGAUUUUGAUUUUAAUUUUGAUUCAAAUUUUGAAAUAGAGUCUAGCGAUUUUUCUAAAUGUAGUGAAAAAUCAUUUUCAAGCAAAGAAUAUUUAGAUGAAGAUAAAAAAGAAGAGAAAAAGAAUGAUUUAAAAAAAGAAGAGACAGAUAAUAAUAAAUUUGAUGAAAGAGAUAGUGAAAACAAUUUUCAGAAUGCUGUAAGUGAUGAAGAUCAUUCUAAUUUUAAUGAAAGAAUAGAUAGUUCGGAUGAUAUUCUUGAAGAAAAUGAAAAAGAUGAUGAUUAUAGCAGUUCAAGAGAAAAUAAAAUUGAUAAAAAUAGCAAAGGUUUUGAAAAUGAUAAAAAAGGAGAGAUUGAUAAUAAGGAAACGGAAAAUGAGAAGAAAAAAGAUGAUGAAAAUUCAGGUAAUGCAGAAUGUAUCGAAGAAAAAAAUGAACUAAAUAAAAUUGAUCAAGAUAAGGAUGAAAAUGGACAAACUGUUGAGAUGAAAAAUGAAGAAAUAUGUGAACAGAAAGAUGAAAUUGAAGGUAAAGAUACUAGUGAAGUAAAAAGUGAAGAUCAUAUUGAAGAAAAUAGAGAAAUAGAAAAUGAAAAUGAGGAAUUAUGUGAAGGAUCAGAUGAAACCAAUGAUAUAAAAAGUGAGAAUAAAAAUGAAGCUGAAAGAAACAUUGAAAUACAAAAUGAAAAUGAAUAUAAAAAAGAGGUUGAAGAAAUUAAUGAAAUUAAAAAAGAAAAUAAUUUGUCAAAAACAGAUGAUAUAAAUAAAAAUGAAAAAAUAAAAGAAAAUAGCAUAUAUGAUUAUGCAAAUGAAAAAGUAUUUGAGGAAAAUAAGGAAACAGAAGAAAACGUAACUGAAAAUAUAACAGAAAAAUAUUAUGAUGCAGAAGAAUAUGAAAUUGAUAACCAAAAAAAUAGGUCUAAUGAAAUAGAGAAGAAUGAAAACAAUAAUUUAAUAAAUGAAUAUAGCAAAAUAAAACAAAAUGAGAACACCAUGUCAUAUUCUGAAGAUAAUAUGUUUAACAACACACUACAGAGAGACACAGGAAAAGAAGAUAACCAAAAAGAAAAUGAUGCUUCAAGCACAAAUUAUUUUUCAUUUAAAAUUGAUAAAUGCAACAUAUACACUGAAAAUUUUGUUGAUAUAACGAAUUUCAUAGAUAAAUUAAAUGAAAGUAUUCAUAAUUUAAAUGAAAACUCAAAAAAAAAUGAAAAAGAAUCAGUUGAAAAUGAUAAAAUAAAGGAAGAAAAAAAAUUAAAUAAAGAUUACAAUAUUUCUGAAAAAGAUGAAAAUUUCAUUGAAGAAGAAAAUAUAUAUGAAAGUAUUAUAGAUAAGAGUUCUACUAGUAAUAAUAAUAAUUUAAACCAGAACUUUAAUGGAAUGAGUGAAAAUGAUUCUGUAGAUAAAGAACAAGAAAAUAAUGAAAAAAAAGAAUACGACAAAAAACAAAAAGACUUAUGUGAGGCAAACAAGUUUAAUAAAAACCUAAAUGAAUUAAAUAUUAAUAAUAUAGAAUAUGAAUUAGAAGAGAAAAUAAAAGAAAAAGAAGAAACAAGAAAAAAUGGUCAUGAUGAUAGUGAUGAAGUAAAUAGUUUUACGUCAUCACCAGAAAGUAAUUCAUUAGAUAAUGUGAAAGCAAUAAACUAUACAAAAGAAAAUGAUGAAAUAAUCUCUGAAGAAAGUAAUGAAAAAGACGAAUUAAUUGAUUCUUUAUUAAAAGAGUACGCAGAUAAAGAAAGAAAUAGAAAAGAAGAAAUAGGAAACGAAGCAAUUAAGAAUGAUGAAUAUUAUAAAGUUCAUGAAAAUAUAAAUUUUUUUGAAAAAGAUUAUAUAUUAGAAAAUAAUUAUGAAGAAUUUCAGAAAGAAAUAAAAAAUGAAAAAUUACAUUAUGAUAAUUUUAACUUGGAAUAUGAAAAAAUAUAUGACCAAAUUAAUAACGAAACAGAGAUAAUGUCUAGUCAACUAUGUGAGCAAUUAAAAAUAAUAUUAGAACCAACUGUUAGAAAUAAGUAUGAAGGAGAUUAUAAAUCAGGAAAAAAAUUAAACAUAAAAAAAUUAGUAAAUUAUUUUGCAAGUGAUUUUAGAAACAAUAAAAUAUGGAAAAGAAAAACAAAAUUGAAUAAAAGAGAUUAUAAUAUAUUAAUUGCAAUAGAUAAUACAAAAAGUAUGAAAAUAAAUAAUAUACAAAAAAUGACGUUAAAUGCUAUAUUUCUGGUUGCUAAAGCUUUUGAAAAAUUAAAUGUUGGAAAAAUUGGUAUAUGUUCAUUUGGAGAAAAUGAAACAAUUAGUUCAAAUAAUGUUGUUUGCUCAAUGACAAAUAGUUUGAAUAAACAAGAUUUUUUAAAAAUUUUAAAUCAUUUUCAAUUUAAUCAUGAUACUCAAAAUUCCUUUGAUAACGCCAUGUUAAAUGCAUUAAAAAUUUGUAAUUAUAUUUUUAAAAAUUCUCAUACACAAAACAAUUCGAAAAACCAAAUUAACCAUUUAAUGCUUAUAAUUAGUGAUGGCAGAUUUAAUAAAAAUUCAGUUAAAGCAGAAAUUUUUAAAUGUAUUCAAAAUAAUUUCAUUCCAGUUUUGAUGAUAAUUGAUACACAGCUAGAAAAUAAUAAAUCGCAAUCAAUAUUUAAUUUAAAACAGACUUUUUAUAAGAAUAAUAAAUUAGAAAUUGUCCCUUAUCUUAAUGAUUUUCCAUUUCCAUAUUUUGUUGUUGUUAAUGAUAUAAAUGAUAUACCAUCAUUAACUUGUGAUAUCAUAAGGCAAUGGUUUCAAAUACUCAAUAACAAGUAA